AUCUCAGCUGUUCUUCAAUUUCCUAGCUUUUGGAGUAUCUUUUACCAGAUGCUUAGCUUUGCCCUGAUUUCCCUGCAGAGGAGAAUCGAGAACUUCUUCCCCACCAUAAGAUACUUUCUGGGGUAUGCCCUGUUACAUCAUGUAUCAAAAAUCUGUCCAAGAGUAUCUUCUGAUAUUCUCCCUCCUUUUAGCUGAGAUCUGUUCUCACACUGCAGGCAAGGCACUGGGAACGUUGUGGAGACUGAGACUUUGUUUUCAAAGCCUGGAGACUGCAGAAACCUAUUUUGAGCCAUAACAGAUGCUACUGGACAUAUGGAACAGCUGAGGGGACUUGUACCAGGACUAUAAAUGUUCUGCAGAUCUUUAUGUCCCUGACUCAGUGGAUGAGUUUCCUAUGGGAACUGAGAACUGGGAAGGGGAGAAGUGGGUAUGAAUGCAAAUCAGUAAUGUUGAUGACUCUCCUGUGGAAAAUUUGCCACAGGGAAAGAGGAAUAGCAUAUCUUCUGUGGGAUAGGGCUCAUGGUGGCCAAAAAGUAGCCCAGAACCCAGCCCUGAUGUAGGAGGGAGGUCACAUUGACCUGUGGCUAAUGAAACUGUAACUUUUACAGCUCUCUAUAUAAACUUGAGAAUGCUAGGCCAGCACGUGAACUCUUUAUUGGUUUAUUGGUAUAUUUUACUAUCUGCAAUACUUUGUACUGAAGCAGUUUUGGACUCCGUGAAAACAGUCUGGUCAAUGGUUCUCCAAAAUUAAUCCCACUGUCCCUUGUCUCUCAUGUCAUUUUUGUCCCUUGCCUUCCUCUUCCUUCCCUACUGCUGCCUAGCAGUCAGCUUGCACUAUUUCACACUUCACUUUCCUGUGAACCUUUUGUUCCUGUGCAAACUUACCCAAAUUCCAAAGCAGCCCUUCUUCCAGCACUGCUGUCCCUUCACACUAAUGGCCACUGCACAAGCAAUGGUAAUCACUGCAGGGGCUUUUGGUGUUCCUCCCAUCUCUCCUGGUCCCAGCUCGCAACCUGGUGCUACAUGACUAUUCUCUCUCUUCCUCCCAACACUCUUCCAGCAGAGGUGCUGAGUGAUGCACAUACACAUACACACUUUGCACACUAUUUCGAAUGCAGGUACAUUGCUCACAGACCGCUUGAAGCACAAGGAGCUGGAGAAGGAUAAGCUCGCUUGCAUGCCAUGGGACCUUUCUCUUCCUGCUCCAAUAUGCCUGGCUCAGCUGGCAGUCAAGCUCGGCUCUGUUGUCUCCAAGUGAACUGAACUGUUCCCAGCAGUUUUCUUUGCCCUGUUGGCUUUAUGGUAUAAUGUCACAGCAUUACUUGUCUUCCCCUCUCUACUUCCUAGAGAGAGGAGAUGAUUUCUUCUCUGGUGCCUCACGCCAGUGUGUUCAUUAACUAAAUGAUUGCACAGGUUUAAUUUCAGAUGGGUGUUUCCAGCCUGUCAGAGUGGUGACACUGUCUGAGCCAACACAUGGUGAUCCCUGCUCCCACUACUGCUCCAUGAUGCAACAAUUCCCUAAGAGCAGCUCUGCAACGCCAGUGAUACAUUGCAUGCCAUGUACCCUGCUGACUCGUCAGGCUGCAGUGUAUGUAUGGAGCGCUGCAGCGUGUAGCUUUCUGCAGGUUUGUCACUGCAGGCCUGCUGGCUGCUGAACCAAGAAACUCUCAGUUUACUCUUUGGUCUGUUUUCCUCAACUCUUGUUCAGCACAUCAACUAUCUACCCAGUGGCUGUCCAGUCUUUCCUGCCCCUAGUCUGUCUGUGCAAUUGUCCCUGUGAUUUAACUGGGUAUCCAGCAGGGCUGUAUGGCAUUACACAAUCACACUGCCCCUUGUGAGCUCUUUCUGGCUCCUGUCUCUCUGUUUCUGUGCAUAUGUUUUAUAUAUAGCUAUCAUCAAAGCAGGAGGAACAGCCAUAGGAUUACUUAAAUUUAUUUCUCUCCUGUUCUAUUGCUUGAUUUUAAUGGAUCUUAACAAGGGCAUGCUAGUUGUAUCUCAGAACUAUGUCUGGUGAUGAUGUGCAAAUUGGGCUUGUAUUUAGCCCACACCACUGACUCAUCAUAGCAUUUCAGUUGGUAACUCACCCCAGACUGACUUUUCACAUAGUGUGGGAAAUGUCCUGGCCUGGGGGGUUUUCCAAUAAAUUUUGUGCUGUAUGUUGCAGAAAAGUCAGUUCUGGGAAUGGGAGUGGUGUACCUUGACCUCUUUCCUUACUCACAGUAGACCUCUUUAGGUUUACCAACCAGCUUUUCACACCAUGGCCCUGGGGUGAGCAAGACUUAAAGUGCUGGCCACAGAUGGAGUCUGGUAUUGAUGGAAGAAGGUGUGAUCUGAAUACAGACCAAGAAUAUCCUUGACCUGUGAUCAGCAUUGGCAUGCAAGAGAUUGGGGAAGAAAGCAUUAAGAACAAGAGAUGGACCUAAGAAGGAACAAGAGGCUGAGGGGCUGUGAGAGGAGUAAAGUGUAAAUUCUUGUUAGAAGAAGGAAGAAAACUAAGGCAGGGCAAAUUUCUUGGAGGGGGAGAUAAGGGGCUAUAGGCUACCACCCAACUACUGCAUUCAUAUCAGAGAGCCACAGACCUCACCCUAAUUCUGUGCUGGAGCUGUGGCCAGCACAGACAAGGUCCUGCAUCCCUUGCACACCAGAGUGCAGGGCAGAGCUCUCAGUUUUGCCGUGGUUUGAGUCAGCCAGAAGUAGGAGAGCAACAGUCCCAUAGCCCAGAGCUGUGUUGCACUGUUGAUGCUUCAGCUCAGGUCAGCGUUAGUCCAAGCAUCUUUGAUACCCAUCACCACUCACUGGGGGCUGGUCCAAGAGCUGGCCACUAAUUUGGGCCAAUGUCUGCUCCAUAUAGGUAGGCAAAAAUAAUUUUUCAUCCUCUCUGUUACUGGUCAUUCUAGUGCUGGCCCGCUCCUGGUAUAAAUUCAAGGAGAUCCAGAGUUACUUGGAUUUACAUCCUGCAGCAGCUGAUUUUUUCCUGUGUUUAAAUUAGCUGGAGGUCAGCUAUCUUGAAACCUUUUCCAUGUUACCCUCUCUUUCUCUCCUUCCCUUUUCACUCAUCCACAGGAGGAGCAAAGUUCACACAUACUAUCUUUGUGAAGAAAGUCCUGGGUGAUUUGGGGGAAGGGUGACUGAUGUCCUGUAAUGAUAAAAGGGAAUGAUUUGUAAGUAAAAGAAGAAGGAAGGACAAAAAGAAAAGGAAUAUGAGUAAAACAUAAUGUUUCUCUUUAUCCACCCUCUUCCCCCAAGAAACCCCCACCUCAAAAAACAAAUAUCUAGGUCAAGAACAGUGAAGUGUCUGCGAGGCACCACAGAGUCUCUGCAGUGCUGCAUUGCCCUGGCAAGGAAGAGCCAGAAAGUUGCUUAGAUGAAGGAAGGCUUUGGGCUACAUUCAGGUGAAACAUCAGCCUUUCCAUUCCUAAUACACUCGAGCUGCUGGCAAGCACAGCAGUGCUUAGGUGGGAGUGGGAAAAGCAGAGCUGCUGGCGGGAGAGCUUGUUCAGGUUGUGCCUGUGCCAAGGAGUGCAUUUGAACAGAGUCCCAUGGGGCAUGAGUUGCUGAGCUCUAGGCUCAGCCUGGCAGGAGCGAGUGGCAGAGGCUGGGAUAGAUUUGGUACAGCAGCAUUGGCACAUCAACCUCAGAGGGAUGAUGGCUGCCUAGGGCAGAGGGAAAUCUCCACACAGAGCUAAGUUAAUAUCUGAGCGCCCUGUUGCCCAGACACAAACCGGGAUGGCAGGAGCAGAGGGGAAGGAUGCAGGGGUUCUCUGUCUGACAUGGUUUGUGCUGGUAGGGCAGCACAGGGGGCAGUUUGCUGAGUCAGCACCUCUUCUGAAUUGAAAGCAAAAUUACUCCUGCUCUCUGCCAGCACUUCAUGCAGAUCCAGGAUACAGUUCCCAAGAAGCAUCCCUAUAUAAGUUAACAAUAAAGCAACUGUCUGCCCAUUUUGCAGCAAGGACAGCAUGGCAACUGAUGCAGCACUGAGCUGUGAGCCUGGGGUAAUGCAUCUCCUGAAGGCAAAGCUGUGGAGUACAGCGCUGACGGACUACAUCUGCUGACUGCCAGGCAGCAGGUUGUUCUUCCUGGCUCCAAGGAAGCUUGCAGGCAAGACCCAGGACUAGAAGCAUGCACACUACCAGCUGUCAUGUAGUACAGUGCAGCCCCCUUCACUGUAGCAUCCUCAUUAAAGGGACAGCAGACUGGUAAAACUGCAGUGCCCAGCACCCUUCUGUGUAUGUCCUGCAAACUACAGUUCCCAGAACCUUUUAAUGAGCCAGAGAGGAUGUCUAUGGAAAUAAAUGCCGAUUAUAUUUGCAUAACACCCUGCACCUCCGAAGUGCUGGCCAUCCCUUGGUUAGUGAAAACGGGAACAGGGAUAAAGCCAGGGAGCAUCAGUGCUGUGGAGCUGCGGUUUUGCCCACUCAGGUCUCCCUUGGCAGUCACAGGGAUGACCCUGGCCCCCAGGAAACACAGCUGCUGCGGAGGGAGCGGCAGAUACUAACUACAGAUCCCGGCAUUCUGCGGCAGACAGCACCGGCGGCUGCAUGCUGGAAGGGCUGGGGAGUGUGAGUAUGAGAAUGGAGGGAGGGCAGGAGAUGCAGGACUCCGUGGGGCUCCGCUGCACCUGGGACAUCCCGCCACUCGCUGGCACCCAGGCCAAGUGGGUGAGACUCAAUGUGGGGGGCACCGUCUUCCUCACCACCAGGCAGACCCUGUGUCGGGAGCAGAAAUCUUUCCUGUGUCGCUUGUGCCAGGGCGAGGAGCUGCAGUCCGACCGGGAUGAGACCGGUGCAUACCUAAUAGACCGGGACCCCACUUACUUUGGACCCAUCCUGAAUUUCCUCCGUCAUGGAAAGCUGGUCCUGAAUAAAGAUAUGGCUGAAGAGGGAGUGCUAGAAGAAGCCGAGUUCUAUAACAUUGGUCCUUUAAUUCGAAUAAUAAAGGAUCGACUGAAGGAGAAGGACUACACAGUAACUCAGGUGCCUCCUAAGCAUGUCUACCGUGUGCUACAGUGCCAGGAAGAGGAGCUCACUCAGAUGGUUUCCACUAUGUCAGAUGGAUGGCGCUUUGAGCAGCUUGUGAACAUUGGCUCAUCCUAUAACUAUGGAAAUGAGGAUCAGACAGAGUUCCUGUGUGUGGUCUCCAAAGAGCUGUACAACUCCCACAGUGGCCUGAACUAUGAGCCCAGCCACAAAGCCAAGCACUGCCACCUACCUCCCACCCUGCCCCACUCCCCAGCCUCCAGCAUCCUUCCCUCUUCUGUCUUUGCCUCCCAGAGCUCAGAGUCAUCCCUGCCCGGGACCCUGUCUGUCUCUGCUCCUCACUUUUCCUCCUCUGCAGGUGUGUUACCUGUCUGCACUCUCAGCUCCUGCCAGCCUGAGCUCUGCAUGAGUGACUCAAUUCCCUCUUGUGGGUAUGGCCCUGGUUUGUAGAGCAUGGGGAGGGGAAGGAGGGAGGGGAGGUUCACUCAUCCCUAAGGUGUUUUUGUUGGAUUCUCAUCCCAUGUGUGCCUUUACCUGCCAAGCAGGCCCUAUGGCUCCAGACCAGAGGCUCUGGCAGCAUAAAGGAGAGCAGAAAGGAGAAAAGAGGAGUGGAAAUGAGUGCAAAGCAGGCAGGGGCGGCAUGGGGAAAGGGGGAAAGUCUACCACAUGUCUGCCUGACACACAUGCCGGAAUGCUUCUCCAGACUGCUGUCCGCAGCUCUUUUGCUGGCCAGCCUGAGAAUAAUUUUGCAGAAGGCAGCCUGUUAUUUUCCCCUCCUGCUCUCACUUCCCUGGGCUUUUCUCCACCACCCCUGUCAGGGUGAGAGCACGGUGAGAGAUGGUGGUGAAAGCAGAGUGGAAGCAGCCAGUUCCUGCUCCACAUGUUCUUGCAGCUGUGUGCAAAUAAGUCUCUGUGCUCUGCCUCCUGCUCAGGGAGCCUGUCUGGCCAGCAUGCAUGGGGCUGGGUACAGAAAACUUUGGAAGGAGGAUUCCUCUCUCAAACUGAAAAAUUGUGGGGCUCUUGUUAAACCAGAGCUGCUCAGUGCCACUCUGUCCUGUUGGAGGGCAUUUGUUAGCUGGCUGACAUUUUUCUCCACCUCUGUUCAAGAGCCUCCUGACAUGGCUGUGAGACCUAAGUGUUACUCUCUUAAAAGUCAGUGUGUGUUAAUCACAUGGACUUUUCCUUCCUUUGUCUCUGAUCUCUCACCCUCGCUCCUCAUCUCUUUUCCUUUUUCUUCUGUUCUCAUUUCCUCUGUAAUUUCUC